AUGGUCAAGUUCUACUCGUCGCAGGAGACGUACGCAUACUCGUUCCCCGCCGUCACCCUCGCCUACUUCCUGCGCUACCCGAACCCCUACGCCACCCACGUACUCUCGACCGACACCAUUGCCCGCUCCUACGACCCGGCCACGCAGCGCCUGACGACGGUGCGCCUGCACCUCAAGCGCUCCAAGCUGCCCGCCGCCGUGCUGCGCCUGCUGCCCAAGGCCCUGCUCGGCGCCUCGGCCACGGGCGACACCCAGACGUACAUUCUCGAGAAGAGCGUCGUCGACGUCAAAGAGGGCUGGAUGGACACCGAGUCGCGCAACCUCGAGUGGACCGGCGUGCUGUCGGUCGUCGAGCGCCAGGUCUUCACCCGGCUCGACGACACCAGCGAGACGACCGACGUCACAUCCAGCGUCACCCUGCACUCGCACAUUGGCGACGCCUGGAAGCGCAAGCGCGAGGCCGCCAGCGACGACGCCCCGCCCAAGAUGGGCUUUCUGCGCAGCUGGGGCACCGCCGCGCUGCAGCGCCAGAUUGAGAAGAUUGGCCUGACGCGCGCCCAGCGCAGCCAGCCCAACGCCAAGGAGGGCAUGAAGGUCGUGCUCGAGCGCAUGCGCCAAGGCGGCCUCGUCGCCGUGCUCGAGGGCAUGCGCGCCGACCGCGAGGCGAUUCUGGCCGGCCGCUCGCUGCUCGCCCAGCGCCCAAACGAGUCGGACGAGUGA